GGCGUUGUAGAGAGAGAGAGAGAGGAAGCGUUCUCCUGCAACAGAAAUUCAUUGCGCGAGCAGUCGUUUCGGUGUAGGCGGCUUUGAGUCUUUCUACAAAUUACUAAAAGAAUCUAUAGAAUCGACAACUAGCGGCAGUCAGUCAACCGCUCACCGACGCCCGUCCCAUGUUGCAGUGCAUAUCUGUCUCUAGUGCGGCGCUAGAAAAACAACAGCAGCAGGUGAGUGGCGCAACUGUAAAUGCUCCUCCUCUCAUUACACUUUACAAUUAGAUAUUAAAAUAUGAGGGUUGGUUAUGUUGAGAAUGGGGCACUCGGUUGGUGCUGCCGCCAAGCGUCGGCAGAGUAAACUAGACGCGUAUCUUGUAUUGUGACGCUUUAGUGCAGAGACGGCGACGUCACAAUGAUGGUUAGCGACGUGUGCGUGUCUGGUUCGAUUAUACGGCCAUCGACCGGACAACUGGAUCCAAUCAGCUGCGCGGAAGAGAUGCAGGCGAUGGAACCACCGGACGGUGCCGAUGUUCCUCCCGAUGUUCAUGAACCGCUCAAUGGCGAGACGAAGCCUGAUCCAGCAAAACUCGCCCAAACUGCCAUCAUCAAGCAAGACGUCAUGCUGUCUGGAUCGACCGCCUCGCAAUCACCAGCCCCUUCGUUGACCGUUAGUGGAAAUGCAUCAGCCGUUAACGCACUGGUCGAUAGCGGUCUUUUUGUAUCUGUACCGUCUAACGACCUAGAAACAAAACUCGAGUCGUCCAAUACGAAUACUUUACUCGGUCAGCCACAAGUUGCUCCUCAACUGAUUGUUACAGGAGGAGGUGGUGGCGGCGUUCAACAUCUUCUCAUUCCAGUCUCUACGUCAAACGGAACCCAACAGUUACUAUCAAUACCUAUAUCCUUGCCGUCAGGUUCGUCCGGUUCACAUAUUCAACUGCUCGCCACGUCAAAUGGUCAAUUAUUGGCUGCCAAUAUUCCAAAUGCUCUUGGGCUGUCCAACGGCGCAUCAACAACGACAACUUCUUCUACCGGACUGACGCAAAUCAUAACCAACUCUCAUGGUCAACUUCUAGCCGUUGCUGCUCCCUCUAACGGCACUUCUCAUGCUUCUUCAGCUUCUUCCACCUCUUCCACGUCUUCGACGAACGCCCUCACACAACAAGUCAUUUCAACAAUCUCGCAAGGGGCUCUUGCCUCUAGCGCCUUACCUCCUAACGUUAACCAGUUAUUACCCAAUACUAUUUCAAACUCUACGGAAUCGACAACAAUUGAUGGCAUUAAUCUGGACGAAAUAAAGGAUUUCGCGAAAAAGUUCAAGAUUUGGCGCCUGUCUAUGGGGUUAACUCAAACACAAGUUGGUCAGGCUCUAAGUGCCAGGGAAGGUCCAGCUUAUAGUCAAUCGGCAAUAUGCCGUUUUGAAAAACUGGACAUAACGCCGAAAAGUGCUCAGAAAAUAAAGCCAGUACUUGAACGGUGGAUGACUGAGGCCGAAGAACGCUACAAGAACGGCAUGCAAACGCUCACGGAAUUUAUUGGCUCCGAGCCGUCUAAGAAGCGAAAACGACGAACGAGUUUUACGCCACAGGCGCUCGAAGUUCUCAACGACCACUUCGAACGAAAUACUCAUCCGUCAGGUGCUGAAAUGACUGAACUUGCUGAAAAGUUGAACUACGAUCGUGAAGUUAUUAGGGUGUGGUUUUGUAACAAACGGCAGGCUUUGAAAAAUACAAUAAAGAAACUGAAAGCAUCCGAAGUAGCACCCUGA